UGAUUUUGCCACCGUGUGAGGAGGUUGUUUUAUUUUAAGGUAUACCUACGUACCUUUAAAUUCCGUUUCAUUUUAUAUUUCUGAAAUGUUUGGUGUAUUUUGUGCUUAAAAAUACUAUCUGUUGUGUAUUGUUUUGAGACGUAGGAUUUGUGUAAUCAGCAUAAAAUAUCUACUUAAAAUGACUGUUCAACCUGAAACCACAGAAAUGCCAGCAACAUCGGAAAGUAUUGUGGCUGAACAGAUGUUUGGAAUAGUAGAUGUCAUCAUUCUUAGUGCAUUAUUUGCACUUGCAGUAUAUUGGAUAUUUCUCAGGAAGAAGGAGAAAGCUGAUCCAAUAAAAUCGUUUUCAAUUGAACCCAAUACAUUUGCUGCAUCAGAUUCAAGUUUUAUAAACAAAAUGAAAGCUACUGGUCGUAAUAUUGUUGUAUUUUAUGGCUCUCAAACUGGCACUGCUGAAGAAUUUGCAGCACGAUUGGCUAAAGAAGCUAGUCGUUAUGGAAUGAAAGCAAUGGUUGCCGAUCCAGAAGAAUAUGAUAUGGAAGAUCUGGCUAAAGUACCUGAAAUAGAAAACUCUCUUGCAAUAUUUUGUGUUGCAACAUAUGGAGAAGGUGAUCCAACUGAUAAUGCCCAAGAAUUUUAUCAGUGGCUUCAGGCUGGAGAUACUGAUUUGAGUGGAUUAAAUUAUGCUGUUUUUGGCCUUGGCAAUAAAACAUAUGAACAUUAUAACUCGAUGGGUAAAUAUGUUGACAGUCGCCUUGAAGAACUGGGUGCUGUACGAGUUUUUGAAUUGGGUCUUGGUGAUGAUGAUGCAAAUAUUGAAGAGGAUUUCAUUACAUGGAAAGAAAGAUUUUGGGGUGCUGUAUGUGAACAUUUCCAUAUUGAAUCAUUGGGUGAAGAUAUCAAUUUGCGACAGUACCAACUUGUUAUUCAUGAUGAUAUACCUUCUGAAAAAAUUUUCACUGGAGAAAUAGCACGUCUGAAUUCCUAUAAGAAUCAGCGACCGCCUUUUGACUUAAAGAAUCCAUAUUUGAGUACUAUUCUUGUAAACAGAGAAUUGUAUAAAGGAGACCGAUCAUGUAUGCAUGUAGAACUUGACAUAAGUUCAGCAAAAAUAAGGUAUGAUGCUGGAGAUCAUGUUGCUGUUUACCCAACAAAUAAUCCAGAACUUGUUGAAAAGAUUGGAAAAUUGUUAGAUGUUGAUUUAGAUACAGUUUUCAGCCUUAAUAACCUAGACGAGGAUAGCACUAAAAAGCAUCCAUUUCCAUGUCCAACAACUUAUCGUACUGCCUUACUACAUUAUGUUGAUAUUACAAGCAUUCCUCGCACCCACGUUCUUAAAGAAAUAGCAGAGUAUGCUGAAAAAGAAGAGGAUAAAAAUAUGCUCAAAAUGAUGGCUACAUCUUCAGAAGAAGGAAAGCAUAUGUAUUUGACUUGGGUUGUCAAAAAUUGCCGCAGUAUAAUACACAUUCUAGAAGAUUUACCUUCACUGAAACCUCCACUAGAUCAUGUACUGGAAUUGCUACCAAGACUUCAGGCACGAUAUUAUUCUAUUUCAUCUUCUCCAAAGCUCUAUCCAACAUCUAUUCAUAUUACAGCUGUAUUAGUUGAUUAUGAAACUCCAACUAAACGUAUCAACAAAGGAGUUACUACAGGAUGGCUGAAAACUUUGCAAGUGUCCGAUGAAAACCAUCCUCAAAUUCCGAUAUUUGUCAGAAGGUCUCAGUUCAGGCUUCCAAGCAAACCUCAGACACCCAUCAUAAUGAUUGGACCAGGAACUGGUUUGGCUCCAUUUAGAGGUUUCAUACAGGAGAGACAUUACUUGAAAAAAGAAGGAAAACCAGUAGGAGACAGCAUUUUGUAUUUUGGUUGCCGUAAAGAGGCAGAAGAUUUCCUUUAUGAAGAGGAAUUAAAGCAGUAUUUAGAAGAUGGAACCCUCACAAAAUUAUAUUUAGCCUUUUCUAGAGAUCAACCAGAAAAAGUUUAUGUGACACAUUUACUCCGUGAAAAUAAAGCUGAAAUAUGGAACGUAAUUGGAGAAAGGAACGGUCAUAUAUAUGUUUGUGGAGAUGCUCGAAAUAUGGCCAAAGAUGUCCAUAAUAUUAUUUUAGAAGUUGUUCAAGAAUUUGGAGAAAAGACAAAGGCUGAAGCUGAAGCAUUCAUUAAAAAAAUGGAGUCUCAGCGAAGAUAUUCAGCAGAUGUAUGGAGUUAACACACAUUUUAUAUUUAUUAUGUAUAAAAGAAAAAUCAUCAUUGACUUUUUGCAAAAAUACAUUUCUGUUGAACAACUUUCUGGAUCAAUGAAAUGUUCUGCUAAAGGUUAUACACGUUAAAUAAUUAUAUUUAUUUAAAAAAAUUAUUUUACAUGGUAUAAAUAAGUAUUAGCUUAAUUAUAUUGUGCCUUAUGAGAAUUCUGAGCUUUAUGAAUUAAGACUGUGCAAACCGUAUAUUUAACUAUUGUCAUUUUGUAGUAAAACUGGAAGGGUUCAAGAUUUUAAAUUAUUUAUGGGACCAGAUCAAAUCUGUCAUUUUUUUUAUUUAAAAGUUUCAUUGAUGAAUGUCUUUGAAUAUUAACAUUACUCUGGGAAUUCUUAUAUAAAACUUGAUUUUUUUAAACCUAUGUUGUUAAAAAGUACGGUUACUUUUUCAAAUCAAUGUUGUUGAUUUUUUUUCGUUCAUUUUUGAAAUAUUUAUUUUUUGCAAUUUUUUUCAUUAUUAUCUGCAGCACAAAUAUGAAAUGAAUUUCAGAAAAGAUUUCAAAUUGUAUGUAAUAUUUAUUAAUCUUUAAAGAAGGCCACUUAAUGUGUUCCUUUGGUUAUCAACAUUUGAAACUGUGAAAUUUAAUACAAAAGCUUUUCUGAGUUUUGCUAUGAUUAAUAUUAUUAAUUUUCAACUAUUAUUGAGUGUGAAGUAUCUUUGUUUAACUUUGCACUAAAUUAAUGGUUAACUUAUAUAAAAUUAACCUGCCAGUUUUUAUUAUAUUCAUAUAAAAUUCAUUGAUUUAGAAUUACAUGGCUGCAGUUUUUCUAUUCUUAAAUGAAAAAAAAAAAAAAAAAAAAUCAGAUAAUUCUUUUAAUGAAUUUUAUUAAUGUUGUUGGCUGUAACAAUUUUAUUUUUGUAUGUUGUUUUAUUGUAUCCUUUACAUUUAUGCAGCUUUUAAAAUAUUCCACUUAAAUUUGUAAUUUUUAAUAAGUAUGUUUAGUUUUUGUGUAAAUUAAAAAUGUUCUUCUGUUUUAUCUAGAAAAUGAAUGUGCCAAUUUAAAAACAUUACUUAUUACAUUGUUAAAAAGCACUUUUCAUGUGAAUAACAUAAUUUUUUUUAGAAUUCUUGCAUUCACUAGUCAUGAGUUGCUUCUUUUUAUUGCAUAAUAUUUCAGUUGCAUCAUCUAAUCAAAACAGUAAUUAAUAUUGCUAUUAAUGGAAUAUAAAUGUGGUUUAGUGAAUGAUUUAGGCAUACAUUGCAUAAAUCUUCAAAUGUUAAAUGAAAUAGAUCCUGUUAUGAAGAUUUUAUAUUUGAUUACAUAUGUGUGUAAUAAGUUUUUAAAUAUUGUUACACAUAAUAUAUAUCUAAUCAAAUAUGUAUGGUUUUAUCACAAUUGGAUAGGGGCAGAACAGAGAGAAAUUAAUUUCUGUGAUGUUAUGAGUAAUAUUUCUAUUUUUAUACUUAUAUUUUUCUGUCAGUCUUUUUGUAUAUUGGAAACUGUAAAGAAAAGCCUGUAAAUAAAGGAUGCUUUUACCUUUAUAUAAAA